AUGCCGCCGCCAACCUUCAAGCCGGGGAGCGCAAGUCACGACUUCAUCAGGCUCGUGGAACGAACCACGAAUGCCCUCGUGACGAAAGAAGAUGGUGUUCUGGAGGAGGUCAAGAAGGCCUUGAUCCGGGUGCACCAGCAGUAUGACCAAGUACAUGAAGAGGCGGAGGCCAAGCAGGCGCGGCUAAAUCGACUGAGGGACGCAAUCCGAACUGCGGACCAAGAGCACAUGGACAUGAACAAGGGGGAGUCAGCAGACAAAAUUUAUGAGACCGAGGAUGUCUUAAACAAACAGCUCAUCGAGUUGACUGGGUAUGAUUCAAAGAGAGGGAAGCAGGUCGAUGAGAAAGGCGGACUAAUCAAGGAAGCCGAGACGACCCGCAAAGUUUACGAGCACAUGCUGAAGCGGACCCAGCGCGAGCAAGCCAUCGUAAAGCAGAAGCUUUUCAAGUUGGAGGAGCAUCUUAGUAGGAAGAAUCGUGAACUGCAGCAGAAGCAGACGGAGAGAGAAGAAGCCAGGUGUGCCAAGAUUCAGAUGGACAAGACUCUAAAGUCUUAUGACCAAGAGGCCAAAACGGAGCUGUACGUCCGUGACUCUGCUUUGGAGGCAAUACAUGGAGAGCUUGAGAAGCGAAAGGAAGCUACAGCAGAUCGGGCCAAGCUUGACAGCUGGUUGCAAGGAGUGGCAUUGGCAGCAGCCAAUGAUGCCUUCAAUGCCUCGGCUGGACGACUGCGGAAGCUUUAUGCCAUCGAGAAACUCUCAGGGAAUUGUCUGCAGAAGACAACCUUCGAGCAGGUACAGAGAUCACAGACCACCGAAGACGGCUUCCAAGCGAUUCGGGACAUCACCGGCCUCUCAGAUGUCAUGGACAUCGUCCACAAGUUUCUGAAUCGUGAAGUGGAGCACGAGAGUUUGAAGAACUCCGUCAAGGAGGCGGAGGGAAACCUGGACCUGCUAAGACAAAGGCACGAGAAGCUGAAGCAAGAGAUGGAAGGAUUGCCGGUCGACCACAUCAAGAGCAGGAGCCCGAUGGCGCUGCGCAAGAAGUUGGAGCAAGCCGAGCAGAAGCUCAACGAAGCCAUCGAAGAGCAGGAGGCUUGUAGCGUCCAACUUCAAAAAGCCACUUUGCAGUCCGAGCACAUGAAGCGUUGGGCUGCAAGGAUGGGCGGGGUGCUUGCGAAGGUCGAGGAGCCCGCGAAGGUAGAUGUCCCGGCUGACUUGCCCGUCUUCUUUCGGAAAUUCGGCUUUGCGGUGAAGAAGUUCAUCAAGCGAGUUUCUGACCAGAUCAAGGCUGGGAAGAUCAACCGCAAGAUCUUGAGGGAUUUCGAGAAAGACGAGAACAAGGAGCAGAAGGACCUGCUCUCGGACAAAACCUUCCUGUACUCCGGCAACAAACGAGUACCGAGCCCUGAUAAAGAGGGGCAAGUGUUCCCAACUCCGUGGCAAGGUGCGGGCGAUGGAUCUGAAGACCACCAACCGAUGAACCAUGCUGAGGAGCGGGACAAGUGCAAAAAUGACUCCUUCACGUUUAUGGCCGCCAAAACCAAAACACCCGACGACAAGCAGCGGAAGGGGCCAGGCAAGUAG